CGGGUGAAGUAGCUAUCACCUCUUGGGUCUGCGAGGUGGUCGAUCAGUUCUUUGUGUUGAAAUGUGGCGGUUGAAAAAACUGAGCCUGUCGCCUUCGCCCCAACCGGGAAAAUCAGCUAUGAGAACUCCUCUCCAAGAACUUAACCUGCAGCCCGGUGCCCUCACCAGCUCUGGAAAAGGGCCCCGGAAAAGCUACUCGACCCCAUCACUGUGCAGACUGGGGCUGCAGGAGGGCAGCAACAAGUUAUCUCCACUGGAUUCUGAAAAUGCUAAGAUGACAGACUCCCCAAAGUGGCUAGAAGCUUGCCAACAUGAAUCAGAUAAGCAUCCUCUAAGUCUGAUUCCUCAAAACAACUCUACUCCCAAAACACCUGAGGAAGCAGUAGACCCACUGAACAACAAUGUGGUUAAAACCAUGAUCCUUGUACCCUCUGCAGGAGGGCAGUCAGAAGACAUUACACUUGAGGCCCAUUUAAAUACCAUGGCAGAGACAAACAGUUUUUCUCUAGAUGAGCCUUUGAGGCCAGGAGUUCUACUGAGAAAGGGGGUGGAACCCUGCAUGGAAGAUAGCUUUUCAGCAGUUGUUCCUGCUGUGCCUGAGAAACUUACAUUUCAGGAUCCUCCAUUCCAUCUCUUGGAGCAUCCAUCAAAUCCCUGUUCUGAGCAACAGCUACACUGUUUCAAGAAAAGCUUGGGGGACAGUAGAACUGAGGCUGUGCUUGAGGACUUAGUGUCUUCUGAAAGUGAUACCUUCUUGCCUUCCUCCAUGCUCUGUCUUCCCCCUUCAACUGCCUUAGCAGCAGAUUUCCCUGUCAGUCAUGUGAACACAGGGGAGGAAACUGUAGAGCACAGAGCUAUAGAGGAAAGAGAAAUGAGCUUUCCAACCCUCCUUGAGGAGUUUGAAUUGAGAGAUCAAGCACUGGUCUCAAAGAUGCAAGAUACUCCGUCCACAUGCCUGACCCCAAAUCCAGGAGAAAUGGAAUCCCAGGCAGCUCCAUGCCCAGCAGUAGAAGAUGCUGGUAGGAUUCUCAUCUCUGAUACAGGGCCUUGGAUGUCCCCACUGGCCUGGCUGGAAAAAGGUGUAAAUACCUCAGUCAUGCUGGAAAACCUCCGCCAGAGUUUAUCCCUGCCCUCUGUGCUUCAGGAUGCUGCAACUGGCACUACUCCUUUCUCUACUUGCUCUGUGGGGACUUGGUUUACUCCCCCAGCACCACCACAGGAAAAGAGUACAAACACAUCCCAGACAGGCCUGGUGGGCACCAAGGACAGUACUUCUGAGAGGGAGCACCUGUGGGGGAACCACCCUCCAGAUCUGACUGCCUUAUCGCGACACGACCUAGAAGAUAACCUGAUGAACUCUCUUGUCAUUCUGGAGGUUCUCUCCCGCCAGCUGCGGAAUUGGAAGAACCAGCUGAACCCUCACCCAGAAGUUCAGGACAGUAGCACACAGACUGACACAACUGACAACUCUCCCAAUGGGAUAAGUAAGCAACUGCAGCAUCUUCCAGAGAACCAAGAGAUUGGACAGACUCUGCAGCAGACCAGGAAUGUUAUGCAAUCAUGGGUGCUGAUCUCUAAAGAGCUGAUAUCCUUGCUUUACCUAUCUCUGUUGCACUUAGAGGAAGACAAAACUACUGUGAGUCAGGAGUCUCGGCGCACAGAAACCUUGGUCUCCUGCUGUUUUGAUGUGUUGAAGAAAUUGAGGACAAGGCUCCAGAGCCUCAAAAUAGAAAGGGAGGAGUCAAAGCACAAAGAGGAAAUGGCCCUCAGAGGCAAGGAUGUGGCAGAGACAGUGCUAGAGGCUUUCUGUGCACAUGCCAGUCAGCGCAUCAGCCAGUUGCAACAGGACCAGGCAUCCAUGAGGAAAUUCAGAGGACUCUUGAAGGAGGCCCAGAUCCAACUGGUAGGUCUUCAUACUGAGCAAGAAGAGUUGGCUCGGCAGACAACAAGUCUUACUUCAAUCUUGCAACAGGAUUGGAUAUCUAUGCAACUGGAUUAUAUAACAUGGACAACUCUGCUGAGCCGGUCUCGACAACUCACAGAGAAACUCACAGCUAAGAGCCGGCAGACCCUACAGGAACGUGAUGCUGCAAUUGAGGAAAAGCAGCAGGUUUCCAUGGAGCUGGAACAAGUCUCUUCCCAGUUAGAGGACUGCAAAGGCCAAAUAGAACAACUGGAGUUGGAAAAUAGUCGCCUAGCAACAGAUCUCCAGGCUCAGCUGCAGAUUCUGGCCAGCACACAGAGUCAGCUAAAAGAGCUACAGAGUCAGCAUGCCCAUUGUACCCAAGACCUGGCCAUGAAGGAUGAGUUGCUCUGCCAGCUUACCCAGAGCAAUGAGAAGCAUGCUACUCAAUGGCAAAAGGAAGAGAUGGCACUAAAACAUAUGCUAGCAGAGCUGCAGCAGCAACAUGCUGUCCUGGCCAAGGAGGUGCAGGACCUGAAGGAGACUCUGGAGUUUGCAGAUCAAGAGAAUCAGGUAGCUCACUUGGAGCUGGGCCAGGUUGAGUGUCAGUUGAAAACCACACUGGAAGUGCUCCGGGAGCGCAGCUUGCAGUGUGAAGACCUCAAGGACACUGUAGAGAAUCUGAAGUCUAAGCUGGCUAGCACCAUAGCAGAGAACCAGGAGAAAGACCUAGAGAAGACACGCCAGUAUUCCCAAGAGCUAGAGGUGCUGAAUGAGCAACUACAGAGCCUGACCCUCUUCCUACACACAAAACUAAAGGAGAAGGCUGAGCCAGAGACCCUCCUGAAAAGUACAGCCUGUGCUUCUGCCCAGCAACACCCUCCACCCACUGACAGCACCUUCUUGGGAAGCAUCUUAACAGCAAUGGCAGACAAAGAGCCAGAAUCAGCUCCUGUAUCCUUGCUUGGAAGUGACAAGAGUGCUUUCACCCCAGUUGCAUCAGUGGCUUGCCUUCAACCUGCAGCGACCCCAGGAAUGGAGAAGAGGCUGGAAGAAAUGAGUAUUAUGACUCGGGAGCUUCAGAGCCUGUGUUCCUUGCUGCAAGAGUCUAAAGAAGAAGCUGUCAGAUCUCUGCAGCGAAAGAUUUGUGAUCUGCAGGCUAGGCUGCAGGCCCAGGAAGAACAGCAUAAGGAAGCCCAGAAGGCAAAGGAAGUGGACAUAGAGAAGCUGAACCAGGCCUUGUGCUUGCGCUACAAGAAUGAAAAGGAGCUCCAGGAAGUGAUACAGCAGCAGAACGAGAAGAUUUUAGAGCAGAUAGACAAGAGUGGCGAGCUCAUAAGCCUUAGAGAGGAGGUGACCCAGCUUACCCGCUCACUUCGGCGUGCGGAAACAGAGACUAAGGUGCUCCAAGAGACCCUGGCAGGCCAGCUAGACCCCAACUGUCAGCCCAUGGCCACUAACUGGAUCCAGGAAAAAGUGUGGCUCUCCCAGGAGGUGGACAAACUGAGGAUGAUGUUCCUGGAGAUGAAAAAUGAGAAGGAAAAACUCAUGAUCAAGUUCCAGAGUCAUAGAAACAUUCUGGAGGAGAAUCUUCGGCGCUCUGACAGAGAGUUAAAGAAACUAGACGACAUUGUUCAGCAUAUUUAUGAGACUCUGCUGUCCAUCCCAGAGGUCGUGAAGGAUUGCAAGGAGCUACAGGGAUUGCUGGAAUUUCUGAGCUAAGAAACUAAAAGCUGGAGUCUGUUUUAACCCUCUACCUGCAAUACUCCAUUACCCCAACACCAGGACCAAUUGGCAUAAAGCCAGCUAGAUUUAAUGUUAUUUAAAUAAAGUAUAUUUAGUGUAUUUC